AUGGGCGAACCAAGUGAACCUAUGGUCGAAAGAUUUCUUGGAGACCAACAUGAUUGCCAACCUGCGACCGACCCGAGACAGAAUCGCCAACUGGCCGCUGCAUUCAAAGACAAGCACGUGGUGAUUGCUGGUGCUGGCCGCGGCAUCGGAAGAGCCACUGCUGAGUUCUUUGCUCAUACUGCAGCCAAGUCGCUAAGCUUGAUGGCACUGGAGCUGCGCGAGGUCGAUGAGACAGCCAGCAUAUGUAAAAAGAUCAACCCACAGCUUUUAACCAAGACCGCAGCUUUCGACGUCAAAGACUAUGCCAAAGUGCAGCAAUUCAUCAACGAUAUCGACCGCGAAUUUGGGCACAUUGACGUGGUCUUCGCGAAUGCAGGCCGUCCACCACAAUGGCUGGCGACCUGGGAGUCAGAUCCCACUGUGUGGUGGGAUACCCUGGCAGUGUCCCUGCAAGGAGGCUUCAACUUUGCUCGAGCAGCACUUCCGAUCAUGCGGCGAGAGAAGAGUGGAAGAAUCAUCUUCACUUCAAGUGCUGGCGCUCAUGUGAGCAACGGCAUGGGCAGCUAUGCCCUGGGUAAACUGGGCCUGGUACGUCUGGCGGAAAUUCUCCAUCACGAGAACAAAGACCACGGCAUCAGGACGUUCGCCAUCCACCCGGGUGCCAUUCCGACUCGAUUCUUCACUGACUUCAAGGAGGCAUCUGAGGGAAACAUCAAGGAGGGCAGCUAUGUGUCCAAAAGCCUACCUGGAGAGGACAAGUCAGCCAAUAUCGCCGUCAAUUUCUUCAAGGAUGUUACCUGGGACACGCCGCAGAUGCCAGCGGGCUAUGUGGUCCUGCUGUCCAGUGGACAACUGGAUUUCAUGUCUGGCAGGUAUAUUGACUGCUCCAGAAAGGUCGAGGUGUACUUAGCAGACAAGGACAAAAUCAUGGCCAAGGAUCUACACCGGGUCAAGCUGGUGGUUGACUCGGACUGGUACAUUCCUCCGGCCAAAGAAGAGCAGGAAUUUGGUGGUGCCUGA